AUGUCUGUUCCCUAUAACCAAAAAGACGACAGUAAUGGCGUUUACGAUAUGGUCAAUUUAUCACCGCCACCCGCAUUGCCGAAUACCGCACAUCAAUUGACCUCUGUCCAUGCUCAAGGACGCAUGAGUCAAUCACAGGGAGCAUAUGGCUUUCUCAAUGGCACUGAAUCACUUGGAGAUCCAGAUUCAUCUGCUUCUGCGGGGCAAGUCCUAAUGAAUGACACAUUAAACGCUAACUAUAUGCCAGCUCCCAAUAAUUCUACUAAGUUAAACCAUAAUGAAGGAGUCAACAACAAUUCUAUGGGUUUCAACCCCAAUAAUACUUCAGGCCAUAUAAAUCAAAAUUUGCCAUAUGGCUCCCAAGGAGGAAAUAGCAAUGCCCGUAAUACCAAUAGCGGCGAUCGGCAAACUGCUCCUCAGAUAACUGGUCAAUUAUCAAUGCAACAAGACUUUAUUUCAAUUGGCCAACCUCCUUCCUAUCAAGGGCAUAAUAAUUUGUAUUUGGAUGUGGAUGAAUAUCUAUCGGAUGCAGAGGCUGCUGCGUUUGAAGCAGACUUUUUGGGAGUAGCCCCUGGUUCAGAUUUAAAUCCUGAAAUUAUACUCUCAAAGCCUGCACCCACUAACUACUCAUCUAAUGGACUAUCUAUCCAAGGUAUGAAUUACUUAUCUCCCUCAAAUCAUUUAACCAUUAACAGAGGGCAUAAGAGACUGGCUUCUCUGGUUCAUUCAGAAUACGAUCAAGCUACUCGAGUGGACUAUUUGGACCCUAAAUCUCCUGCUGCUAGCUCAUUCUCAUCACAUUCUUUGUAUUCAGAUUAUCUGAAUAAUAACGAACCAACUUCUCCUUUCCAGGAUGCAAUAUCACACUUCUCAAAUAAUUACUCAGAUUUGGGUGACGAUGAGAAUAACACUAACUCUGCAAAUGCAGAUCCUGAAGUUAAGUUGGAAGAGAGCUAUUUAGUUCCAAGCAGCCAAUAUAACGCCCCCAAUUCAUUUGACACGGAAAUACUGCUAGGGGGUUCCAUAUCUUCAAGUAACUUGAUCGGACUAACUGAUUCUCCGCAAAUGACUUCCCCUGGUGGUACCCCACUAGAAGGUGUAAAGACAAAAGCAAUGUUACCGGAGGUUGCACUUACUGUAAGCAACUUGAAUACAUUCGAGCAAUUGCAAUACACCAAUAGGGACCCUUUGCCAAACUACAAUGCUGAUGGAAUUAGGGUAGCUAUAAAUCAAGCCCCAGAAGAGGUCGCAGCCAAAACCCCAUCUUUGUUUUCUAAUUCCUCGGCCAAUUCCUCGAUUCAUGAUACCAAGACUGAAAAGCUUGCCAACCUUUCACGGAGUAGUUCUAAUCAAAAUGCUAACCUGACCCAUUUACUUCCAAAUUCAAGUUACUUGGGAAAUAACAGAUUGUCAGUGGAAGACUUGGACUCUGAUCUUCUUAACAUUGAUAAUAAUUCAGUUAGACGAGGGAGAAAGAAAUCUAUAUCGGAAAGAUCUAGCUCGAAAUCGCCUUUACGAAACCGUUCGAAAUCGCUGUAUUCUGAUGGUGGUGAAGAACAGGGGUUGAAUCCUAUUUCUUCUCGUGAAAAAAUGCUUGAACUUGCAAGUCCGAACCAAUCGUCUAAAAGAACUCAGAAACACCCGUCGUUAUUUGCUUGUGAUUUAUGUGGAAAACUGUUUACUCGACCAUAUAAUUUAAAAUCUCAUUACAGGACACAUACUGAUGAAAGACCCUUCAUAUGUUCUGUCUGUGGUAAAGCCUUUGCACGACAGCACGACAGGAAAAGACAUGAAGACUUACAUCUGGGGGAAAAGAAAUUUCAAUGCAAGGGUUUCCUUAGAAACGGAAGUGAAUAUGGAUGUGGACGAAAGUUUGCUAGAGCAGAUGCUUUGAGACGCCAUUUCCAGACAGAAGCAGGUAAGAAUUGUAUCCGACUAUUAGUUGAAGAAGAUGCUUUAGAGAAGAAGAAUGGUGGACCGGGAAGUGAAAUUUUAGCAAGUUUAACAACUCCAUCCACAAGUAGUGAGGGAUACUUAAGUCCUACUACUAUUCCGCAAGUAGCCAUUUCUCCCCCUGAAUGA